UUCGUGGCGGAACCGCCAUGCAAUACUUCCUGCUGACGGAAGCUGUAGGAAGUGGAAGGCUAUUGUGGCAUGCAAGAUGGUAAUAGCUUUGGCAUGUCAAGUGGGAUAUAGAAGAACGUCAGCUCUGUGUUACCGGAUUUAUUCAACCUACGUCAGGCGAAUGAGAUACAUGUUCAAGCUGAAAGAAGAUGAUGAUGCUUGUCGGCAAGCCUAUAACUCCGGAACUUUCUUCCUGUUUUACAACUUAUCUCCCUUUGUGCAGCAAAAAGGAAAAGCAUUAUUAGCCCCAAAGAUAAAGGCAGCAGAAAUUAAAAGAUUUUUGCAAAAGUUUCAGCAGAAUGAGGAGGUGAUAGAAGAAUCCAUGCUGGUUGGCUGUUCAGAAGAAUGCACCCCAUAUUUUGCUCUUGACCUAGGAUCCUUGUCAAGAUCUGCUGUUGAAUCUGAACUUGAUGGAUCCUUUGCAGAUUUACAGAAAGCUUUCUUCCAAUUAGAGGAGGAAGAUGCAUCUUUGGUUUCCACGUCUCAGGCACUCCUUCGGUGGCAUGAUAAUAACCAAUAUUGUGGCAAAACUGGAGAGCCCACAGUGAAGAACUUGGCUGGGAGCAAACGAAUUUGUCGUAACAAUGGAAUCAUCUAUUAUCCACAGAUGUCUCCAGUGGUUAUUACGCUGGUGUCUGAUGGGAGUCGAUGCCUUCUUGUACGGCAAGCGUCAUUUCCUAAAGGGAUGUAUAGUGCUUUGGCUGGCUUCUGUGAUGUGGGUGAGAGCCUAGAAGAGACAGUCCAACGGGAGGUUGCUGAAGAAGUAGGCUUAGAGGUGAAAUCUCUCUGGUACUCUGCAUCUCAGCACUGGCCAUUCCCAAACAGCACCCUCAUGAUAGCUUGUCAUGCAUUAGUGCAUCCCCUACAGAGCAAAUGUACAGUCAAUACUCAGGAACUUGAAUCUGCCAGGUGGUUCAGCCAUGACGAAGUGGUGAAGGCACUUGGACGGGAACCAAGGCCUUCCAAAGAAAAGGAUGACUGUACCUCUUUUUGGGUGCCACCUAAACAAGCUGUAGCUCGACGGUUGAUCCAGGAAUGGGUGAAGAAGCAAACUUCUCAAUCUCCUUAGAUUACACGAUUCACCCAUUUAUUAUUCUGUGUUAAAACAUCUGCAGGGGGCCGAUAGUAACUUUAUAUCUGAUGUAUUUUUUUCAGUGAUCCUCCAUAUUCUGUGGAGCAUUUACUGGUAAACCACACUAGAUCUUCUAGCAUGUUGUCUUGAGAUUUCAUUGCU